GGCUGGAGGGGCGGGGUGAGAAGGCGCCGCGCGGGUAAAGGGGCUGCCGCUCUGAGCGGUCCGAGCAUUCAGCCAUCGCGCGCGGGUUCACACUGCGUCGCGGACGGCCCCUCCCCCUGACCGCCACCGUCACCCGGGAAACGGGCCACAAUCGCCAGCGGAUCCGAAGCUGGUUUCAUGGCAGCUGCGAGGAAAUCAGUUUUGGGGCCUUUGGUGGGGGCGGUGGACCAGGGUACCAGCUCCACGCGCUUUUUGGUUUUCAAUUCAAAAACAGCCGAACUACUUAGUCAUCAUCAAGUGGAAAUAAAACAAGAGUUUCCAAAAGAAGGAUGGGUGGAACAGGACCCUAAGGAAAUUCUGCAGUCUGUCUAUGAGUGUAUAGAGAAAACGUGUGAGAAACUUCGAGAGCUCAAUAUUGAUAUUUCCAACAUAAAAGCAAUUGGUGUGAGCAAUCAGAGGGAAACCACAGUCGUCUGGGACAAGUUCACCGGAGAGCCUCUCUACAAUGCUGUGGUGUGGCUUGAUCUAAGAACCCAGUCUACUGUUGAGAAUCUUAGUAAAAGAAUUCCAGGAAAUAACUUUGUCAAGUCCAAGACAGGCCUUCCACUUAGUACUUACUUCAGUGCAGUGAAACUUCGUUGGAUCCUUGACAAUGUACAAAAAGUUCAAAAAGCUGUUGAAGAAGAUAGAGCUCUUUUUGGGACCAUUGAUUCAUGGCUUAUUUGGAGUUUGACAGGCGGAGCCAAAGGAGGUGUCCACUGUACUGAUGUAACAAAUGCAAGUAGGACAAUGCUUUUUAACAUUCAUUCUUUGGAAUGGGAUAAAGAGCUCUGCGACUUUUUUGAAAUCCCAAUGGCGAUUCUUCCAAGUGUUCGGAGUUCUUCUGAGAUCUAUGGCCUCAUGAAAAUCUCUCAUAGCCUGAAAGCUGGGGCCUUGGAAGGUGUGCCUAUAUCCGGGUGCUUGGGGGACCAGUCUGCUGCAUUAGUGGGACAAAUGUGCUUUCAGGAUGGACAAGCCAAAAACACGUAUGGAACAGGCUGUUUCUUACUUUGUAAUACAGGCCAUAAGUGUGUAUUUUCUGAACAUGGCCUUCUGACCACGGUGGCUUACAAACUAGGCAGAGACAAACCGGUAUAUUAUGCAUUGGAAGGUUCUGUAGCUAUAGCUGGUGCUGUUAUUCGCUGGCUCAGAGACAAUCUUGGAAUUAUAAAUAACUCAGAGGAAAUUGAAAAACUUGCUAAAGAAGUUGGUACAUCUUAUGGCUGCUACUUUGUGCCAGCGUUUUCAGGGUUAUAUGCACCUUAUUGGGAGCCCAGUGCAAGAGGGAUAAUCUGUGGUCUUACUCAGUUCACCAAUAAAUGUCAUAUUGCUUUUGCUGCAUUAGAAGCUGUUUGUUUCCAAACUCGAGAGAUUUUGGAUGCCAUGAACCGUGACUGUGGAAUUCCAUUCAGGCAUUUGCAAGUAGAUGGAGGAAUGACCAGCAACAAAAUUCUUAUGCAACUACAAGCCGACAUUCUGUAUAUUCCAGUAGUGAAGCCCUCGAUGCCUGAGACAACUGCACUGGGAGCUGCCAUGGCAGCGGGGGCAGCAGAAGGAGUUGGCGUCUGGAGUCUAGAACCUGAGGAUUUGUCAGCAGUCACAAUGGAGCGGUUUGAACCACAGAUCAAUGCUGAGGAAAGUGAAAUUCGUUAUUCUACUUGGAAAAAGGCUGUUAUGAAGUCAAUGGGUUGGGUUACAACUCAAUCUCAUGAAAGUGGUAUUCCGUAAAUAAUACCAAGUCAUGGAUUCCCAAGAUGCAAGUUUUUUACAUCAUGAGAAUACAGCAAUUCUGUCUCUUUAACGUGAUGACACUAUUCAUAGACUCUGAUUUUAUUUAUAAGCCACUUGCUGCAUGACCCUCCAAGUAGACCUGCAGCUUGAAAUAAAGAAAAUGCAGCAGAAAGAAUGCUAAAGAAACAUCUGGUGUGUUUUUUAAAUCAGUGGUUAAGCUUGGGUUGGCCACUUUGGGGCUGACCCCCACUCCAUAGCCAUAAUACCCUGCCCCCAUUCUCUCUAAGAUCUAGGAAGAAUUCAGAUCCUGCUCAUGGAAUUUUCCUCAAACAUGUUCAAACACUGAUGGAUCAGGAUUUCAUCUUUGCACUACACACCCUUGAUUAGAAGGUUAUUACUAACCUGCUAAAAUCAAGAGAUGUUAUCUUU